UCGAAAGGCAGCCGAUGAUCUAUAGGCAAAACAGAGACCGCUUGUCAGCGCUACAAAUUGACGAUAAGUUUCAUUCUUUAGCACAUUUCGGAUCAAUUUUGGCUGAUAACAAAAAUACAUUUGAACUACCCUCAGCACGUACAGCUUUAUUUCACAUUUGAAGCUUGAAAGUUAAAGUUAUCUCGUGAUGGCUCUCCGUUGUUUGUGCUCGCGCGUCAACGGCUCCUCGAGAUGUUUUCAUAUAUUCGGACGAGUUUAACGUAAUGUCAACAUUUGCUUUCUUCCCCUCGUCCUAUGACGUGAGUACUUGGUGUUCUUGUGCAAUUGUGGAGGAUUUGAAUUAGCAGCCAUUUAAGCUGUCCUCGAGCUGUCCUAGAGAUUUCAGGUGCUCUGCUGUCAUUUAAUAACGGCUCCGAUGCAACAGCUACACGCGCGUUUCCAUCAUAAAGUGUCACCGGAGGACCGGAUCAUCCGCGUUUCUCCUCUGAACUGAAGCCAUACACUGUGAUGAGUGAAAUCUGGGCUGUGAACUGGAGCGACAUGCAGCCCGUCUCUUGUGGAGCACACGUGAGGAGAUGUCAUUUCCAGCAGCAGCGGCAUCAUGCGUCCUGAUGGCCGAAGCAGCAGCAGCAGCGGCAGGUCGGAUGUCCUCAUGCCCAGCGCCGUCUACCCGUCCCUGGUCCUCGGCAUCGCGGCGGCGGUGCUGCUCUUCCAGCUCGGCUCUGGAGGACUCGGUCUCACCUCGUUUUUCCUCAAACUCUUUAUUUAUGUGUCCUUCGCGUUGUUCUGCUUCCUGCUGGGCAGUUUCGGGCUGCUGGUGAAGAAAAGCCCCCUGAGGAUCAGCAGGUUUGACAACACGAAGAGACAGUCAGACAAGCUCGUGGAUUUAUUCAAUAAGUUGAUGGGCCGGUUCUGUGUGCCUCUGCUGGAUUCAGCCCAGACCAGACGGGUCGUAGUUUCCCUCAAUGUAGAUAAAGCCCUUAAAGAAGUUUUUGACUACAGCUAUCGGGACUAUAUUCUGUCGUGGUACGUCCCCUUGAGUCGAGAUGAGGGCCAGCUGUAUCAGAUGCUGUCGGAGGACUUCUGGGAAAUGAUCAAACAGCUGCGAAUGCGUCUGUCUGAGGUGGACGUGGUCAACCUCGUCUGUAACGAUAUGGUCAAAACCCUCCACCAGCACUUCUGUGACCUCAAAGCUGCUAACACAAGGCUGGAGGAAGUUCCCCGGCCGUUUCCGUUGCAUCCAUGUCUGCAGAGUCCAGAUGAGGAACUGCGCUUCCUGCGCUGCUGUGCUCGUCUGCUCCUGCUGCGUCUGCUGCCCGUGCGGGAUGCUCGCUCUCGCAGCCUGCGCCUCCUCUUGGUGGAGGUCGUCACUACUAAAGUGCUCAAACCGUUGGUGGAUGUUUUGAGCGAUCCGGACUACAUUAAUCGCAUGCUGCUAGCUCAGUUAGAGCACAGGGAGCAAGUGAACGAGCAUCAUAAGAAAGCGUACACGUAUGCGCCAUCCUACGAGGAGUUCAUCAAACUCAUCAGCAGCAGCUCUGACAUACAGUUCCUCAAACAGCUCAGGUAUCAGAUAGUUGUGGAGAUCAUCCAGGCGACCACCAUCAGCAGUAUUCCUCAGCUCAAGAGACAGAAAGACAGUAAAGGGAAAGAGGCGGCAGCGCUGAAGGCCGAUCUGUUACGUGCCAGAAACAUGAAGCGUUACAUUAACCAGCUCACGGUGGCCAAGAAGCAGUGCGAGAAGCGCAUUCGGCUCCUCGGGGGACCAAACUAUGAGCAGCAGGAGGACGGAGGCCAGGAGGAGGGAGACGGACCUCAAAGCCAACGGAUCCUCCAGUUUGAGGAGAUCAUGUCAAACUCUGUAUAUCGGGAUCAUUUCCGCGUCUACAUGGAGCGCGUGGACAAGAGGGCUCUCAUCAGCUUCUGGGAGCUGGUGGAGAUGCUCAAGACCGCCAACAAGAAUGAAGUGCCGCAACUGGUGGGCGAGAUCUACCAGAACUUCUUCGUGGAGAGCAGGGAAAUCCCAGUGGAGAAAGCUCUGUAUAAAGAGAUCCAACAGACUCUGGUAGGGAACAAGGGCACAGACGUGUUUCACAGGAUCCAGGGAGACGUAUACGAGACCAUGAAGGAGCGUUAUUACCCAUCAUUCCUAGUGAGCGACCUGUACGAGCGGCUGAUUAAACGAGAGGAGCAGAGGAGUAGCUCACAGUCCAGCAGCGAGGAGAAAGAUGACGCCGGUCAGGUGAUGGAAGGAGGAGACGUGGCUCUGGAUGAAGGCAGCAAAGGCAUCAAUGAACAGGCCAGUUACGCAGCCACCAAACUACACCAGCUGUACGAGAGACUGGAGUACAAACGCCAAGCCCUGGGCUCAAUUCAGAACGCACCACGACCUGAUAAAAAGAUUGUGUCGCUCCUAAAGGAUGAAAUCAGUGCCAUGGAGAAGGAGCACAGUGACCUGGAGCUGCACAUCUCCCGGACGGACUGCUGGUGUGAAAACCUGGGCACAUGGAGAGCCGUCGUCAGCACAGCAGAGGCCUCUGAGGAGAAUGGCGAGCAGAUGGCGUGUUAUUUUGUAGCCGUGAGUCUUUCAGAAGAAGACGACUGUAAGAAUAACCAUUGGACCGUCAGCAGGAAGCUUAUCGAGUUUCAGGCUCUGCACAGGAAGCUGACAGAGUGUUUUCCAUCACUCAAGAAGGUCCAGCUUCCCUCACUCAGCAAACUGCCCUUCAAAUCCAUCGACCAAAAAUUCCUCGACAAAUCCAAAAAUCAACUCAACGCGUUUUUACAGAAAGUGCUGACAGACGAGCGCAUGUGUCAGAGCGAGGCGCUGUAUGCGUUUCUCAGCCCGUCUCCAGAGCACCUGAAGGUCAUCGACAUCCAGAAGAAAUCCUCCUUCUCACUCGCUUCUUUCCUGGAGAGACUGCCGGGAGACUUCUUCUCACACCAGGAGGAUGAAGCUGAGGAUGACAGUGAUCUCUCAGACUAUGGCGAUGAGCCGGACGGCAAGAAAGAUGCGCUGGCGGAGCCCUGCUUCAUGCUGAUCGGAGAGAUCUUUGAACUCAGGGGCAUGUUCAAGUGGGUGAGGAAGACACUAAUUGCACUAGUUCAGGUCACGUUUGGACGCACUAUAAACAAGCAAAUCAGAGACACAGUAAACUGGAUCUUCAGUGAGCAGAUGAUGGUUUACUACAUCAAUAUUUUCCGGGACACAUUUUGGCCCAACGGAAAACUGGCGCCUCAUAACAAAAGCCGCUGUGAGGGCGAACGCAGAGAAACCAAGGAGAGAGCGCAGCAGAAGCUUCUAGACAACAUCCCAGAUGCUCUUCAGAAUCUGGUGGGGCAGCAGAACGCCAGAUACGGCAUCAUCAAGAUCUUCAAUGCCCUUCAGGAGAGCAGCGCUAACAGACAUCUACUCUACAUGUUGCUGGAGAUGCUGGUUAAAGAGCUGUAUGCGGAGCUGAGUGUGGAGGCUGUUCAGACCUGAAGGCUGGAGGUUAAUUUCUGCUGGAUCUCCUGCGUCAGGAAUCACCCGGUGUGUUUGAAUGUGUUGUGGAGGAGCAGGUCAGAUCCACUGCCACUCGUCACCUUCUGAUUUUCUUUCGUCUUCUCUUCUGUAAUGUGAAAAAUACGGUGGAAUGAGUGUUACACACCUGUAUAAAGAAGAGGCCAGACCUCUGGAAACUCACUAUACAUCAUUGUGACCAUUAUCAAAGCUUUUAAUCGUGCAAUAUGUCAUGUACAGUUAUUGUGAAGGUUCUGUUUGUGAUAUUAUUAUUAAUAUUGUUAUUAUUAUAGAAUUUUAUUUUUACCAAAAUUAGACUAGAGCAUUUAUAAGCAAUAAAUUGCAAAAGAACUGUCA